AUGGCCGACGAAGACAUCUCCGAAGAAGUCUACUUCGAACCCUUCAACUCUCCCACCCUCCCCCCUUUCAUCCCCACCCCCUCAGCAUCCAAGAAACCCGCCGACGACUUCUCCACCCUCCCUCUCGGCGCCCACACCCUCUUCUACCUCGCCAUCAUCGCCCCGCACACCGACACCUACAAGAUCCACGGCCCCGCCACGUCCUUCUCACACCUACUCCCCCGGCUCGAAGACGUCGUCAGCAACUCGCCGCGCGCCAUCGACAAGCUGGAAGCGAUCCGCAACAUCGAGGACGUGUGGGGCGACAAAGAGAAGAAUCUAGAAUUUGCGGAGCGCGGGUUCGGCACGUUUGUCGUCGAGGGCCAGCGCGGGAUCUACACGGUGCUCAAGAUACUGCGGGAGGAGAACAGGCGCGUGCGCGAGGAGUUGCCGGCGCCGGUUUAUGUGGUGAGUGCGCAUGGCCCGCUGGUUAAUGAGGUGGGUUAUGUGGCGACGACCAGGUUGGUGGGCGCGUUUGUGGGGCAGCGGGAUGCGAAGGGGGCGGCGGUAAGGGCGAUGGAUGAGAUGGUGCAGGGCAGGAAGGUGAGUAAGAGGAGUGAGUAUUGGGGGAAGGAGAGCAAGGGGGGUGGGAUGUUGAUGGCGAUGGGUGCGGCGAGGAGGUGGGAGGUUAGGAUUGCGUAUGAGGAUCAGGUGCAUAAGCGGGCGAAGGAGGAGGCGGAGAGGGAAGGGGAGAGUGUGGGAUGGAGGAUUUGA